UCUCACAGGUAUAUCCCAAAGGUGAUGCAACUGGACUUGCCAACUCCUCUUUGCACAUUGUACUCAAGCACCUGGCUGGAGAAGAACUUUCCCUUGCUGCUGGUUGAGAGUACCAAGGUCUUUGAUGAUCUACAUCUAACAGAGCAACAGUGUUUGAUAGUUGAGGAGGAGACCAGGGAGCAAAGUAAAUCUAGAGUUUGGUUUGAUCAGAGAGCAGGAAGAGUCCCAGCAUCAGUUUUCAGUGAGGCAGCCCGAGCAGGCACACCUGCAUCCUUGAUCAAAAGAAUUUACUAUCCCCGUGCUUCUCAGUUCUCCACUGAGGCAACAAGAUGGGGUCAACAAAAUGAGGACAGAGCAAGGGAAAGCUAUGUUGCUAUGAUGCAAGACCACCAUGAAGACUUCCAGGUGAGGGCAUCAGGGUUCAUCAUCAACCCAGAACUCCCCUGGAUUGGAGCAUCACCUGAUGGUGUGGUAGCCUGCACUUGCCAUGGAGAUGGCGUUUUAGAGAUAAAAUGCCCCUUCAAAACCAGGAACUACUCCCUCACUGAAAGCUGCAAGGAUUCCUCAUUCUGUCUUGGCAUAGGAGAGGAUGGGGUCAUGGCACUGAGACAUAUCCACAAGUACAUGUAUCAAGUGCAGGCACAAAUGCACAUUGCAGAGGUGAGUUACUGUGACUUCAUGGUGUGGACACCACAGGAAGUUUUCACCUAGCGAAUUCCAUAUGAUCCUGUCUUCUUCCACGAUGCGUACGGCAAAGUGGUAAAUUUCAUCAAGCCUGUUGUGCUACCUGAGCGGCUGGGGAAAUGGUAUACAGCACCACGCCUUACUCCCGUAUACACCACAGCCACAAAACAGCCACCUGAAGUGGGAUGCUACUACAGUCAACCUGCAGGCACAGAUGUCAUUAUUUGCACAUCUGGUAACUGUAGGAGAAAGCACUUUCAUAAGACCUGCCUUAAGUUGACCAGGGUGCCUAAGACAUGGAAAUGUGUGGAGUGUAGAAAACAAGUUUAGUGUUACCAGUCUGUGACAGGGGAGCUGACAGACCUAAUGACAGUCUUGUAUAAAAUACUUGAAAGCAAUACUUGAGUAAAAGUAGUAUCUGGUUCCUGCACAACCUGUUUUUGCACACCCUAAUUACAAUAUCUCUGUCAUGCCCCACUGUAUUUUUGCUCAGAUGCACAUCUGCACCUGCCCUUUGCACCACUCACGUACUGUUCUGAACACUGAUUGAUAUUUUUGACUCUUAUGUAUAUUAUAUAAUUCUGUCUGUUAAACUUCCACUAUCUGUAUAUUGACUUUUUUACCACAUUCAACAUUCUUAUAGACAGU